CAGGCGGGCGCCAUGGAGCUGCGGGCCCAGGUCCUGCUCUGGAAACUUGUGCUUCUGCAGAGCUCUGCUGUCCUUCUGUCCUCAGGGCCGUCGGGGCCCGCGACCGCCGGCAGCUCCGUGGUGUCCGAGUCCGCAGUGAGCUGGGCGGCCGGCGCCCGGGCCGUGCUGCGUUGCCAGAGCCCGCGUAUGGUGUGGACCCAAGACCGGCUGCACGACCGCCAGCGCGUGGUCCACUGGGACUUCAGCAGCGGCCCAGCCGGUGGCCCUGCGCGCCGGCUCGUGGACAUGUACUCGGCGGGCGAGCAGCGCGUUUAUGAGCCCCGCGACCGCGGCCGCCUCCAGCUGCCUCCCUCCGCCUUCCACGACGGCAACUUCUCACUGUUCAUCCGCGCGGUGGAGGAGACGGACGAGGGGCUAUACACCUGUAACCUGCAUCACCAUUACUGCCACCUCUACGAGAGCCUGGCCGUGCUCCUCAAGGUCACUGAUGACCCCCGGGCCGCCGGCGCGCACUGGGACGGCGAGAAGGAGGUGCUGGCUGUGGAGCGCGGGGCGCCCGCGCUGCUGACGUGCGUGAACCGCGCGCACGUGUGGACCGACCGGCACCUGGAGGAGGCGCAGCAGGUGGUGCACUGGGACCGGCAGCCGCCCGGGGUGCCGCAUGACCGCGCAGACCGCCUGCUCGACCUGUACGCGUCGGGCGAGCGCCGCGCCUACGGGCCGCCCUUCCUGCGCGACCGCGUGGCGGUGGGGGCGGACGCCUUCGCGCGCGGCGAUUUCUCGCUGCGCAUCGACCCGCUGGAGCCUGCAGACGAGGGCACCUACUCCUGCCACCUGCACCACCACUACUGCGGCCUGCACGAGCGCCGCGUCUUCCACCUGAGAGUCACCGAGCCCGCCGCCCAGCCGCCCCCGCGGAACUCGCCGGGCAACGGCUCCAGCCACAGCAGCGCCCCCGGCCCAGACCCCACGCUGGCGCGCGGCCGCAGCGUCAUCAACGUCAUCGUCCCCGAAGGCCGAGCGCACUUCUUCCAGCAGUUGGGCUACGUGCUGGCCACGCUUCUGCUCUUCAUCCUCCUGCUUAUCACUGUCGUCCUGGCCACCCGACAGCGCCGCCGCGGAGGCUACGAAUACUCCGACAAGAAGUUGAAAUCCAAGGGGAAGGACGUGAACAUGGCAGAGUUUGCUGUGGCCACAGGAGAUCAGGCUCUUUACAGGAGUGAGGACAUCCAACUAGAUUACAAAAACAACAUCCUGAAGGAGAGGGCUGAGCUGGCCCACAGUCCCCUGCCCCCGAAGAACAUCGACUUGGACAAAGAGUUCAGGAAGGAGUACUGCAAGUAAGGUGAUCCCGGGCUCCUGGCUGGGCCAGCAGCUCUGCCAGCUCCUGCCUGUCUGUCUCGGAGGACUCCUCCUGGCCCCUGCGCAGCUCACCUGGCCCCCCUUCCAGCGGCUGGUUCCGCUGUCCUGGAGCUUGGCCUGGACUGGUGCAGCGUGAGGCUGCCUCCUGACCCCUCUCAGGAGCCACCCUGUCCUCACCAGCAAUAGUGGGCUCCCAGGGACUGCGGGCCCUGCAGCUGUGCCCUUCAGCACCCUCAGCUGGUGCCCUUCCCUCUUCCUCCUCCUGCAGCCAACCCCCCCCAAAGUUCUCCUGGCUUCUGCCUCCUGGGGGCCCGGAGUCCCACCUCUGCAGGGCUGGGGGUGGGAAGACACUCUUGGAGGAGCUCAGGGGGAUUCUCAGAGCUGGGGCCCGCCUUGGGGCUGGCACUCCCACCCUCCUCACCCUUCCUUGGGGAGUGCCUGCUGGCUCCCCUAGGCUGUACUGUGUUACCUGCCAGCUGCCGUGGCCUCUGCACGGGAACCUGAGGACUGCAUACUCCAGGCCGUGGGCUAACAUCCCUUUGUGCUGCCCCGGACCCCCUGGUGCUGCCCUGGGGCCCCUUCUCUGCUUUCCACCCUGCUCCAGCCCCGUUUCCAACAAGCUGCCUUGACAGUCACUAGGCUCCACGUGACUUUUGACCCUGACCCCCUUCCCUUAGCUCCCUGGGCUGGAGUCCAGGGGUGAGGCCUCCUUUGACUUCUGUUUUGGCUGAGGACAGGAGGGGGUUGAAGAUGCUUUUAGAGUGGCCAGAGCUGCCACUCCUGACACCCCACAUUUGCUCAUCCCAGGGAAUUGCCACCGUCACAAUAAAGACCACACCUGAUUUUUAGA